GUUAGUGUUCUAUUCCACAGGUCAUUGCCACUGCGUACAUCCUCUAUCUCUCUCAUUCCUCCUUUUCGUCUUUGCGAUCUUUACACUUCUCCAUUUCAACCCUUCUCUUUUCUUUAUAAUGAGUAGGUAUCUAUAUUUACUAAUACUACGCAUUUGCAUGUGACUCUCUCUCUCUAGAAAUUCCCUGGUUUUAAAUAGGAAUCCUUUUGGUGCUCUUUCUUGAAAUGCCCCACCUUUUUUUCUGUCUCCGUUUGAAUUCAGCAACAAUGGCAGCAGCUUACAGUCAGCUCUUUCAUUCAUUGUCUAUCCCUACAUCUUAUCAUUCUCUCCCUCUACGGAUUUCUCGUUUUUCUUAAAGCUCAAGGACUGCUUUCUUCUGCUUUUCCUUUUUUUUUUUUUUUUCCUUCUUCUUUUAACUAUAUUUUACUGCAGCUGUUAGCUAUGGCUACAGUUAGAUUCGGUCGCCAGGGGAAACGUCCAUAUGGGUUCUGCGCCAAGGUGACUUUGGCCGUCUUUCUUGGUCUUUGUUUCAUCGUCACCUGGUCCGUCUUUUCGUCUCCGUCUUCAUCGGUUUCCUCUCAGAGGAGUAGCUUUAGCGACAUUUCAAUCACCGUUUCUGGAGAUCCCAAGGGAAUGGAUUCUGGAGUUGUUAUUGGCUCUGUCUUUCGGCCGAAGGGCACACCGGGUGAAGGAAAUAAAUCAAUAGAAGAAAAGAAGAAGGGGGAUCCUGAUGUGGGCGGUGAGGAUAUGAAAGGCAUUGGUGAUGGAGGACUGCAAACAAAAGAGGGAGGCAGGAUCGAUUCUGUUGCCCAUGAAAAUGGCCGAGAGAAGGUUAAUGAAGAUGUAGUGGAUCCGAAGAAAGAGGUAAAGCAUCUGAAACGAGGGGGGUUGGUAGCUCAGAAUGUAACUGAGGUCAAGGAUCUCGACAAGGAAACUGAGGGAGAAGGUGGGGGAGAAGAAGGAGAAGAAGAAGAUGAUGAUCAAGAUAUAGAAAUUGAUGGAGAUGUGGAAGGAGAUGCCGAUCCGAAUGCUUUGGCGGAUGAGGAACGUACAGAGAAGAUGCAAGAUGAGAUUGUCAGCUCGAAAAGAACAGGGAAGAAGAAAAAGAUUGUGGGGCCUCUGUUCGAUUCAAGAGCUCAUUACACAUGGAAAUUGUGUAGCGUGAGAAGCAAACACAAUUAUAUUCCUUGUAUUGAUGUUGAAGGCAACAUUGGGAGGCCGCAAAGCUAUCGACAUCGGGAGAGGAGCUGUCCUAAGACACCUCCAAUGUGCCUGGUUUCACUCCCCGAGGGAUAUGGGACUCCUGUACCUUGGCCUGAUAGCAAAUCCAAGAUAUUGUAUAGGAAUGUUGCUCACCCAAAGCUUGCGGCUUUCAUCAAAACACAGAGUUGGUUGAAUCUGUCUGGAGACCAUCUCAUCUUCCCCCAAAAUCAAUCUGAAUUCAAGGGAGGUGCUUUGCACUACAUUGACUCCAUUGAAGAGAUGGUACCAGACAUUGAAUGGGGGAAGAAUAUUCGCCUAGUAUUGGAUAUUGGAUGCACAGAUUCAGGUUUUGGUGCUGCUCUCCUCGACAAGGAGGUGUUGACUCUGUCUUUGGGAUUGAAGGAUGAUCAAGCGGAUUUAGCCCAGGUUGCCCUUGAACGUGGUUUUCCAGCAGUAAUUGGCAAUUUGGCCACAAGACGGCUUCCUUUCCCCGGUGGUGUUUUUGAUGCUAUUCACUGUGGAGAAUGCAAGAUGCCUUGGCAUUCUAAUGGUGGGAAGCUUCUUCUAGAGAUGAAUAGGAUUUUGCGGCCGGGAGGAUACUUUAUUCUAUCGACCAAACAUGAAAAUAUUGAAGCCGAAGAAGCUAUGUCCACACUGACAGCAUCUAUCUGUUGGAACAUCCUGGCACAUAGAACUGAUGAAAUCAGCGAAGCGGGUGUUAAGAUCUAUCAAAAGCCAGCAUCAAAUGAUAUAUAUGAGCUGCGAAGGAAGAAGAACCCUGCUUUGUGCAAGGAAGAUGAAAACCCUGAUGCAGCCUGGUAUGCUCCAAUAAAAACUUGCCUACAUAAAAUUCCUGCUGCCAUUGAAGAACGUGGAACUGAGUGGCCUGAGGAAUGGCCCCGGAGGCUUGAGACUUUUCCUGAUUGGUUGAGCAAUCGAGAAAAUUUGGUUGCAGAAGCUGAGCACUGGAAGUCUAUUGUUAACAAGUCCUAUCUCAAUGGGAUGGGUGUUGAUUGGUCAAGCGUCCGAAAUGUUCUGGAUAUGAAAGCCAUCCAUGGAGGAUUUGCCGCAGCUUUAGCACCACUGAAGGUUUGGGUCAUGAAUGUAGUCCCGGUCCAUGCUCCGGACACGCUUCCUAUUAUUUAUGAGCGUGGGCUUCUCGGCAUUUACCAUGAUUGGUGUGAGUCUUUCAGCAGUUAUCCGAGGUCCUAUGACCUUUUGCAUGCCGAUCAUUUGUUCUCUCGGCUUAAGAACAGGUGUAAGCAGCCGGUGGGGAUUGUAGUUGAGAUGGACCGAAUACUAAGGCCUGGAGGUUGGGCAAUUAUCCGUGAUAAGGUGGAGAUAUUAGAUCCACUUGAGAUGAUCUUGAGAUUGCUGCAUUGGGAAAUCCGAAUGACAUUUGCCAAGGAUAAGGAGGGUAUCAUAUGUGCACAAAAGACCAUGUGGCGGCCAUAAAACUAUUUAGAUUAAACAGAAUCUGUUUGUUCGAUCAUCCGUUCUUCCAUUUCAAGGUAAAAGAAUCAGAGCUAACUGCUAAGAGCUUUCUGUAUUGUUCCUAUUUUUUCAUUGAUGCCAAGGUAAGUUUUUUGCUUCCUUAUUAUGAGAGCACCAAGUUGGUUUCAUUGCUUCUCGAAAUGUAUGCUUGUCAGUUGUUAGCGAUAAUUUUAUGUUUACUUUUCCACAUUGAUGUGCGAAAGAGUUCUAAUUUUUCUUUCGUUUCAUUUA